GGGGGGGGUUGCAUGUUUUCGCGCAGUGAGCUUAGGUAGGUAGUGUUGUUCCUUGACACUCUUGACUCGACUUCCAGAUCGCCGCCCAACGGAGCCGAGCUCUCAAGUUUCGUCCGCCUCGAAUCCCCCUAUAUCCCGUUUCCGCCGCCGCGGUCUUCGAGCUCCACAAGCUGAUCUCCCAAGCUUUCGUUCUGGAGGCUGCCCCGGGAUGGAUGCCACUGCCGCUUGCCGUAGUCGCCUCCCCAUCCUAAGGUAGCUUCUUCAGCUGUUCCCCACUUGCCGUAUCUUCAAGUUGACCUCGCCUGGAUUGUCCUCAGGUCGCAAGCGCAUGAUUCGACCUGACGCGCCCGCCUCCGCCAGCCCUCUCUAACAAUGCUGGUAGACGCCGGCAGGCCGAUCUCUCGAGUCUACUGUUCGGAUGACGACUGAGGCGGAGGCGCGUUGGUUCUUGGGAACAUGGAGUCCAUGGACGAGGACACGCCCGGGGGUGAUCGCAACGCGCCUCCACAACCGCCGGUCCCUUCGCAGUCGGGUGCCGCGUCGGGCGGUAACCCCCCCGGGUCUGGCUCGAGCGCGUCAGCUCCCCGACCGCCAGGCUCUGCGCCUGGUCUCACGGCAGCGAGCGCGCCCAGUGCUUCAAAAAGGAAGCGCGGCUUGGGCGUCGUUACGCCGAAUGCGUGCACUGAAUGUCGCAAGAAACGCGCCAAGUGCGACGGACAAAAACCCUGUGGUCGAUGCAAGAGUCAAAAGGACGUCGAGUGCGUCUAUCAAGUCCCGGUUCGCCAAUCGAAGGAGAACCUGCGCCGCGAGAUCGACCAGCUCCGACGACAGCAGCGCAACAACGAACAGGUCUUUGCCGCGCUGGUCCGCCCUGAUGCCUGGGAAGAGGUGCUCGCGCGGUUACGGAACGGCCAGAGCGUGGAAUCAAUUUCGGAAUGGCUUGGGGGGACGCUGCCCUCUGGUGGCGGCGCGCUGCCUUCCAUCAGCCACCUGCUCAGCCACGGGGCCGGAGCUGACAUCUCUGGGUACGCUCCCGCGUCGAGCAGCUACGCGCAGAUUCCCUCUGCUUUGAGUGCGGUUAGCCCGGUGUCUGGCCCGAAUCCCCACACUAUCAGGCAUGACGGCGAACAACAGAGCCCCUGGGGCGGCUUCUCUACUCAAAGCCACCCGACUUCGAGCGGCUCUCAACCGGAACCCUUGACCUGGAAUCCCGAGGCUGUCAAGAGCACUCAGUCGCGUGUGGGGUCAUGGGUCGAGAGUCUGGCCGACGAUUCGGACGGUAGCAGGGUUAGCAACCGUCCUGACCAGGUCCUUCUUCAGCAGGUUCCAGAGAUGCAGGUUCCUCCAGGGACCUGGACGACCAUAACCGGUGAUUCGAGGCUUGUCCAGCACCUGCUGGCUCUCUAUUUCUGCUGGGAGUACCCGACCUUCGCCUCACUUUCCAAGGAGCACUUUCUCAAGGAUUUUAUGGAGGGUAGGCCUCGAUUCUGUUCCUCCAUCCUGGUUAACGCGCUGCUGGCCCUCGGGUGCCGCUUUUCGAGCCAGCCAAACACGCGAUCCAACCCUGACGACCCCCACACGUCGGGCAACCACUUCUUCAAGGAGUGCCAACGGCUGUUCUACCUGGAGCAGGAUCAUCACAAACUCACCACCAUUCAAGCUCUGGGGAUAAUGUCCAUCAGGGAAGCGAGCUGCGGCAGGGACUCGGAAAGCUGGUAUUAUGCCGGUCAGAGCAUUCGCCUGGCCAUCGAGAUGGGGUUGCACCAGCUACAAAACGAUGGCAAAGACGAUGAUGAAAGCGCCGUGCAGGCAGCCACCUUCUGGGGCGCGUUCGCCCUGGAUCACGCUUGGUCGUUGGCCACAGGUUCACUCCCUCAAUGUUCUUGCUUUUCCCGGCUGCCACCCAAGCCGGCGAUAAUCGAUGAUAUCGAGGCGUCUUUGUGGAUCCCGUACACGGAUGACGGCGCCCCGCUUCAGCGUUCAUGCGAGCAACCAUCCAAUGUCCGCUCAGUCUACAAGUGCUUCUGCGAACUCAGCGAGCUCGUACACCAAUCACUUUAUAUCCUUUACUCUCCCGGCAGGCCGCUCACAAGCAAGGAUCUUCUUAACAUCUACACUCAGUAUCUGAACUGGUAUGACAAGAUCCCAGAGGUCCUGCGACUCGGCCACAACUUCACUCCGGCCGUCUUGUUUGCGCAUAUGUACUACCACUUUGCGAUCCUUCUGCUCUUCCGGCCUCUGAUCAAAUUGCGCAUCAUUGGGUCGAGUAUAUCGCCGAGGGAUGUCUGCUGGCAGGCCGCGGAUGCUAUUACGGGCCUCCUGCGCUCGUACUCGCAACUCUACACACUCAGGCGGACCCCGUCGUUCGUCCCUUAUUUCGUCCUCACGUCAUCGAUCAUGCACCUAGCCAUCGCGGCGACCGACGUUAGUAAGCAAACGGCGCAAAGCAUGAAGACGGCCCGGGGCGGCGAGCCCUCCCGCGCGGCACCCAAGCUUGAUCGGCGCGUCACAGACGCUCUCGCACGGGGCAUCGCCGACCUGACGGAGAUGGCGCCCUGCCAUCACUUUGCCGAGCAGGCACUCAACAUACUCCGGUUCCUUGCUAUGAAAUGGAACAUCGAGGUCGACAUCGAGGCGACGGUCAGCGGCGAGCGGCGCCAGGUGGAACUCCGCGACGUAGAGCGCAGCACGCGCCCCGGGACGAACAGCCUCAACUUCUUUGCGCCCAAUUUCCUGGAAUCCGACUUCAACUGCUCAUGGGGCGGCGGCACACCGUCGCGGCCCGCCGCCGAUUCGAGGGCUGGGACCCGGCCCAGCGACGCCGGACAGUUGGCGGACGCGCCGGAAAACCCGCUGUUCUGGCCGUUCCCGAUGCAAGGCCGCCCCAUGCUGCCGACCGGGAAGGAGCUGGAAGAGGCAGGCUUCGAAGUGCUGUAACCAUGUAACCAUGGUUUUUGAGGAAGGCCCUUUGCAAGGAUCCGGUGGGAUUACAUGCCAGAACCCUAAAUACACAAGUUAAGGUUCUUUAAGGGAGGCUUUGGCAUCCGCACUGGCUUCAGGAGUUAGCCAGAAGAAGCCAGGCCAGAGACGGAUCUCAGAUGUCUGGUGGAAGUAUAGCUACCUACACAGCAGCUAGUGUAGUGUGGAAUAUGCAAGUUGUGGGUGUGGGACAUCCCGCAGGAUCAGGCCAG